CCCCGUACACUCCUGCGCGUCGCAUUCACACGCAGUUCGUAAGUCCCCCCCGAAAAAAUCCCAAAACUCAAUCCAACUAUUAAACUCGUCUCCAAUCAAAAAAGCAUUUAAUUAAGUCCAAUUAAAGUGAUAAUUCCCAUGUCACCGUUUCCCCUAAAAACUCUUCAGCAACUCUCUGCGAUAUCAAUACCGGGAACGACGAUCGAAUUGAUAACGCCUGCAUCAAUCAAACGCUCUAACAAAAGUUUAAAGACAAAGAUUUAACGAACGGCAAUUUUUUUUCAAUGAAAUAAAAAUUAAUGGAAAAUAAUACAUUGAUGAUAAGUUGUACCUGCGCAUCAAAACAUUCAGGAUCCCUCGAAGAUAGAGGAGAUAAAGCCGCGGAAUAAGUGGGGGAGGAAGGGACGGGUAAAGUGGGAGAAGUUCGAGCCGCGAAACGAAAUCGGUCGGUAUUCGCGGCGCCUGCGGGUCCGCCCACAGUGCGACGCGCACCUUCGUGCUGUCCCCGUCGUUCCUACCUAUCAUCUCGCAUUCAAAAGCAACUCCACGCUCGACACGCUGUCAAAGUGCCUUGCACCCUCCGUCAAAUAGAAAAAACAACUCCCGGGAAAAUCGUCUAUCGGUGCCUGAAAAAUCCUGUGCUCUGUGAUUAAACAACAAUUCCAAGAAUUUAUUAUCAAAAAUUUUACAUUUUUUUUCUCGUGAUUUUUCGUACGCCCACUCGUGCGGCUAAUCGCCACGUACAGACGCUAUAUUAUGUCACACUCCCACGCGAGCGUCGUUGCUGAAUGCAACCGCGGGUGUAUCGACGUCGUUUGACAUUUUGCCCCCCCCCCCCCCUCUCCACCAUCACCCUCCUCGCGAACGGGGUUGCAGGAAAAAUUUUAUGAGAAUUGAAUAAAUGUGUCAAAAAGGAUUGCUAUUAUUUUUUUUGGAUAGCAACAUUCCAGACAGAACAUUCUGGACUGUUAUUCGUGAUUAAUUAGUGAUUAAUCAGUUUGUGUUCAUUGGACUUUUUACACAUUGAGUGAUUUAUUUAUGAACUCUGGGAGAAUAAGUGAUCUAGCAUGGGGGUAAUAUAUCUCCAGCAUAUCAGUGAUUUAAUAAAACAUUGAAAAGGUCUUUGUUGUGUUGUGAAUUUGGCGAUCUGUUGGUCUGUUUUAAUUUAUUGAUUAUUGACGAUCCAGAGGAGAGUGAUUUGGAGAAGUGUUAAAGAUUUCCGUCAGCCGUCGGUCGUGUCACGACGUAUGAGGACCCCGCAAGUGGUGUAAAAGCCCGGUGAGAUGGAUGUUACACCACGUAUAAACGCAGUAGUGACGAUAUAUGGAUACCCAUGGAUGGAAUUUGGCCGAAAUGUGUCAGCGAUACCAUCACGCUGUACCAGGAGUCCAGAGCUCAUCACCGAGUAGAGAACAGACUGGUGCCGUCGUGCAGGGGCUGUCAACAGUUCCUCACGUCGAACAGGCCAGUCCCUCUUACUCCCACUAUACGAUGUUGGACAAUUAUGACAGGGCUGAGGUGACAACGCCGCCGGUGAGUUAUGGGAGUUCCCCAGGUCUUCUGGCUCUUCAUUCCUCCCUGUAUGGGACGCCCACCUCUCGGGGUUUCGAUAUCGAUUCGAAUAUCGAUGGAAAUGAGAGCGGAUUACCUCUGGAUGCUCAAAUUAUUCCGAUUCCAAGCAUGUUGAACAGUCCUGUACAGCAGAGACUGGAAGACAUGUCCUGGCUAGCAUCAGGUCCAUCACUGGACUACCAGCAGAGUCUCUCAUCGAUUCCUGGUGGGGUGAAGAUGUGUCAUCCCGGCAACUCGGCACAGCGAAGUCUCAAGGAGCAACGGAUCAGGCGGCCCAUGAAUGCCUUCAUGGUGUGGGCAAAGGUUGAGCGAAAGAAAUUAGCAGAUGAAAAUCCUGAUCUCCACAAUGCUGACCUCAGCAAAAUGCUCGGGAAAAAAUGGAGAGGUCUGACUCCGCAGGACCGUCGCCCCUACGUCGAAGAAGCUGAGAGACUUCGAGUAAUUCACAUGCAGGAGCAUCCAAACUACAAAUACCGACCGCGUCGUAGAAAACACGCGAAAAGAGCACCAGGUGCACCAGCAUCACCGCCAUCAUCUGCCAAUACCCCGGGAACUAGGUCGACACCAGUUGGAGGUACAUCGGUGCAUCACUCAAUGACAAAGAUGGACGGAUACCAGGGGAUUCCCCAGUUACCCUGGGGCGGACACUCGCCAAUUUCCUCGUUGUAUCAUCAGCAAGGUCAACACGGCAUGCAGGACUAUAAAUCGGAGAAUAAUUCAUUGUACGGAAGCCCGUAUACACCGAUCAUACAUACUCCUGAUGCAUCACCCAUUGCUAGUCCCGAACCUGAUGGGGACGGGACGCACCUUCCAUCCUCACAGAAUCCGGACCCGGAGAGGGAACUUAUGGAGGGUACUAAACACAAUGAGAUGGUUGAACAGAGCAAACGCUACACCUACAUGAACACCGACAGUCAGUUGCAUACUGGACAUGCCGGAGGCACUACCAUAUCAUCCUGUCAGAAUACUCAUGGAUACACCGACACUCUGACCUAUAAGAAAUCCGUAAGUUAUUUGAACUUCGAGAGACAGACGACGAGCAUAGCUGCUGUUGGAAUUGCCAAUGGCAUGAUGGUAUCCUGUAACAAACUGAGGUCUGGCUUUGACAAUGUUGGCUCGGUCACUGGAACAUUUUAUCCACCAGUUGCUUCGCCACACGAUCAAACGCUCCAUUACAGUAGCCCACAACCACCCAAGGGAGGUAGCUACUCGAUGCAGGCUAAUGUUGAGAGCAAUUAUAAUCAUCAAAUUAAUUGUGGAAGUAGACAGCAGAGUGUGGGUUUGAGGAAUACGAACGAUCAAUGUUCAACUGUAUCUCAUCGUUAUCAACUGCAUCAUCAAGAGUAUCAACCAGAGCCCCAAUCAAAUCAACAACAACACGUGCUCAGUCAUCUAGAUCCCACAAUGACCGAUGAAGAACAAGAACAGUCCCUACAGUUCGAGAAAUAUUAUAAAUACACACAUCCAACGAGUAUCGCCCACACAACCAUGACAACUCAGAGUCUCCUGGACAGCAAUCACAAUUACGCCAGUGAUUUGCGUUAUUACACACCUCAGCAAAGCCAGAUGGAUCUCUCCAAUAGUCAGUGUAUCGUCGAUGAUCAGCAGAGCAAGGAUAAUCAGUGUUCAUCCAACAGUGGGCACUCGAUUGAUCAGUAUCACCAAGGUAUCGACAUUGUCAAGUAUCAGGAGCAGCAGCAGGCGCAUCAACAGCCACCGCACCCCAGCCAGCCACAGGGGAUCGAUCAGGUGUCGAAGAGCGAUGAUGACUUCAGUGUCAUUCUUGCUGAUGUCAGAAAGACCUGCUACAGCAGUUAGUGAUACCAGGAUAGGAGUCUCAGCGAAAUACUAAGGUGAGAGUGGAAGUCACAAUCGAGCGGAAAUGACUCGAAAUUCUUCAAGGCUUCUCCGCGCGUCUUAUCGCCACAUCUACUCCAAGACGAAUUUUGCUUCCAGGAAACGUGAGUUUCCUUUCUCACACACUGUUCCAAGUCUUUGAUUAAGGGGGAAGGUACGAAAAACUUUCGUAGAAAAAUCUGGCGAAUUGGUUACGAAAUGUUAUUGAGUUUUCUUUUUUUUAGGAUUGAAACAAUCAAUUUUCGAAAAUUGAGGAAUGUAGUCAGUAACGGUUGACAACACCUCAUUACAUUCGAUUUUUACUUCACUUUCGAUUCAUUUGGAGGGGAUUUUAUGGGAAAUUCUGUCUUCUAUUUGCAUUUUUAUUCGAUAGCACUCCAUUUUUUCUCAUAACUUUUUCUAUGGACAUGAUAUUCUACGUUGGGAAGAAAUAAAAAUUAUAAGAAGAACUUGAACAAUGUGAAUCAAAAUAUUGUUACACAAACUGUGCCCAUAGAAAAGUUUCAGAGAAAAAUAAAGUUAUACAAAAGAUAUUCCAUUUUUUGGGAAAAAGGCGCAGUAAAACUGAAGCGCAAAAUUCUUUAGAAGUUUCUACGAAAUUGUUUCGCAGCAAAUUAUUCCGAUGCACAAAUCGAUGUGUUCUAAUGAGGAGUGCCUACGUCAUUUAAUAUUCAUAAGCGAAAUAUGUGCUUCACUGCCUGAGAAUUACCAUCUUGCUUGUUCUCAAAAAUUUCAAAAUUGACAAUUCGAAAUUGUAAAGAAUAAGGAAAUUAGAAACUUCUGAUUGAUUAUUCCAGGAAAAUGCAUACGAAUCGAGAAAAUUCAGGUGAAUAGAUUUUUGAAUUUGCAGUUUAUAGAAAAUUUUGUGUAAAUAUUUUGGCAGUGAUGUUACUUUUCCAACACAACGUCAUGAUAAACAAUUAUUUCCACUGCAAAAUAUUGUGAGAAUAGAUGUUCAAUGCUAGUUUAUUCAGUAGUCCCUCUUGAAGUGCAUUUUCCCCAUUAGUCCACGUCGAUAUGUUAUCUUCGUUUUGCAUUAUAGAAAGGUCUAGGAAAAUUAUGUACUUUUGAUCUCGUAGUUGAUGAUUGUUAACUUCCAUUCCAUGACUUGUGGAUAAAGACAGUGAAAUUAAUAAUUCCAACCAAUUGGUAGUACUUAAUUAAAAGUGUUGUAUCUUGAAUUAGAAUUGUAUAUUUUUGUUUUAUUUGAGAUAAAACAUCGUCGAUUUUAUUUCAGAAUGACGAGUUAUUUAUUUUUUGAGUUAAUCAGUGAUGUGAUGUGAGUUUAUCCGAUUGAAAAUUGUCAUUCUCUAGGCACAUCGUACUAUUUAUUUUUUAUAACUAUUUUCGACUGUGAAAAUUGUCCAGCCAAUUUUGUUUUUCCAUAUAGGAGUUAGCGGAUAGAUGAUUUUUCCGGAUUUUUAGGUAUGAAAUCGCGUAGACUAGAUUUUUUAUGAUUAUUGUGGUAAUUAAAUUUUGUUUGUAGAAUUGUUUCUGUAAAUAAAAGAUUCCUUUGGUAAAUGAGUGCUUGCUGUUUAGUCGACGAGACGAUUUGUUAAACGAUAUUUAGAUAAUUUGAUGCGUCUAUCAGAAUGAUUAUUCUUUAUCUUGCGUUUAAUCAUGAUUGUUAAGGAUUAUUUCAUUAGGUAGAGAUAGGAAUUUCGAGACAAUCUCUUGUUGACGCAUUUAAACGGGACAUGUAGGCAAUUAUUAGGUACUUUUACACAAUGAAUAAUCACAGGCAUAUAUAGUUUCUACAGUGUAAUUACAACAAAAAAUAAUGUAAUAAAUAAACUUGAUAUUUUCACGAAAAAGAAACUCAGGUGAUUGGUGUCAAUGGUUUUUUGUCUUUAUUAAAUAUUUAUAAAAAUAUGUAUAUGGUUUAAUUAGGUGUGUAAAGCAAAAAGGUCUUAGGUGGUAUAUUACAGCAAUUGAUUUUUGUUCAUUAUGUGGUGGUGACGAAUUGCUCGAUUUUUCACAAUUUCGGAGGCUAUUACCCCAGUAAUUAUUACUAUUCUUUCAGUGUUUGAACAAUUUUUUCUUAUAUUCAUCAUGAGCAGGCUAAAUUUCAUUUCGUUCUCAAUGAAUUUCGUGGUUGUUCAACAAUUACAUUAUUUUUUCUCAACUUUGCAAUAUAAUCAAUGUUAAAAUUCAUUCAGGGGUAACAAAAUGAAAAAUUCUAUUAAUGGAAUUCAAUUUUAUGAAAUACAGUGGUUUAAAAGGUCAACUUUAACCAGGAGAACGUAAUGCGUAUGGUAUCGGUCGCACAUCAAGAAUAGAAUUUUUCGUUCUAUAUGAAAAUGUCGUUCAAUAAUCCUAUCUGAGAUUUCCGUAGAAUAUAAAUUUGGAAAAUUGAGAAAUAUCAGAUACGAACAGUAUUUUGUAUUGAUUAGACUGUAAUUCUUUUCACUGCAUGUCUUUGUUGAAAUUAGUUGACAAUCAUAUCAUUUUCUUCGACUUCUUUUGCCAUAAAUGAAGCUUAUCAAAAGUUAGAACUAAUAAAAAUGGAAAAAUUAAUGUUUCUGCAAUGUUUGGUUCGACGAUGUUCGUUGACAUUCGUUACAAACGGACUCAGUUUCGUUUCAUUUUUCUCAAUGAAUUCAGUAGUUUUCCAAAAAGCACAGGAUUUUUUUUAGCGGUUCAAUACCUUUCAUAUUGGAAUUCAUUCU